GACUCCCGCCCCAGUCCGGGCCCCGAGGCCUGCUCACUGCCACUUCCGACCGGAGAUGCGCCGGCCGUAAAGCUCGGCGCCAGCUGCUGCAACGCGCUUACGACAGAGCCCGGGACCGGACUACGGCCGGCAACCGCCCCCGCCCCCGCUGUAAGCGUUUGGGUUUCUGGAGCCCGGCCGGGCGGCCGUCUUCCUGUUUGCCUUCCGCGCUCGGUCUGCGUCCCUCAGAGGCCGCUCGGAGGCGGCUCGGAGCCGCUGCGGCUCGGAGGGGAGGGCCCUCACCGGCGCCUCCCGGCCGCCAUCAUCCCGGCGUGCACCGCGGCGGCGGGCGAGUCGGCGGCCAUGUUGCGGUAGUUUGUUGUUUUCUUUCUGCGGAGGAGCAGGGCCGCAGCGGCCCGGACCCGCUGCCUCGCUCGCCCCCUCCCCAGUCCUGGCCCGACGCCCCCCGACGCCCGGCCCCCGCCGCACGUCCCCCGGCCCCGGCCGGCCCGGCGGCCCCCCAGCUGGCUCGGUGGGGCGAGGCUGAAGCCGGGCCCACGGAGCACCAUGGCGGCCGCCCUGGGAGCGGGCGGAGGAGCCGGCGCCGGAGAUGAGGAGUUCGACCAGUUUGAUAAGCCUGGAGCGGAGCGGUCCUGGAGAAGGAGGGCUGCAGACGAGGAUUGGGACAGUGAACUUGAAGACGACUUACUUGGAGAAGAUCUGCUCUCUGGCAAAAAGAACCAGUCAGAUUUGUCAGAUGAAGAGCUAAAUGAUGAUCUUCUACAGAGUGAUAACGAAGAUGAAGAAAAUUUCAGAUCUCAGGGUGUCACAGUUAGUCUGAAUGCCACAUCUGGCAUGGUCACAUCAUUCGAACUGUCUGACAACACUAAUGACCAGUCUGGAGAGCAGGAGUCUGAGUAUGAACAAGGAGAGGAUGAGCUCGUCUAUCACAAAUCCGAUGGGUCUGAACUGUAUGCUCACGAGUACCCUGAGGAAGGGCAGUACGAGGGCCACGCUGCCGAGCUGGCAGAGGACCACAUCGAGUACGUGGAAGAGCCAGAGGAGGAGCAGCUGUACAGCGACGAGGUGUUGGACAUCGAGAUCAAUGAGCCUUUAGAUGAAUUCACAGGAGGUAUGGAAACUUUGGAACUGCAGAAGGAAAUAAAAGAAGAAUCAGAUGAAGAAGAUGAUGAUGAUGAAGAAUCUGGACGAUUACGUUUCAAAACAGAAAGGAAAGAAGGAACAAUUAUUAGGCUCUCAGAUGUAACUAGAGAGAGAAGGAACAUUCCAGAAACUUUGGAGCUGUCCGCGGAGGCCAAAGCUGCGUUGCUUGAAUUUGAAGAAAGAGAACGACAGCAUAAGCAGGGGCGCUACGGUUCCCGGCGGGGCGGGCGGAGAGGAGGCUCCCUCAUGUGCCGUGGAAUGGGGGACCAGAGGAGAGACAACAGUGAGAGGGGCCGGAUGAAGGACCACAGGCCCGCGCUGCUCCCCACACAGCCUCCUGUCGUGACGCACUCGCCGCGGUUGAUUCCCCCGCCGCAGUCCCAGCCGCCGCCGCCGCCGCCGCAGCAGCAGCCAAUCAGGAGCCUGUUCCAGCAGCAGCCCCUGCAGCCUCUGCUGCCCCUGCAGCCUGCGCACCAUCCGUCCCCUCCUCAGGGGGUGCACAUGCCGCCCCAGAUGGACGCCCCGAGGGUGCUGAUGACCCCCCCACCCGGGGCCCCGCAACAGCCCAAGAACAUCCACAUCAACCCCCACUUCAAAGGGGCCGUGGUGACGCCUGUGCAAGUGCCCUUGCUGCCUGUCCCGAGCCAGCCGAGACCUGCCGUGGGACCCCAGAGAUUCCCAGGCCCGCCAGAAUUCCCUCAGCACACCCCUGGACCUGUUCCCAACAAUUUUAGCCAGCCCCCACGGCUUCCUCUUCAGGACCAGUGGAGAGCCCCGCCCCCUCCCCAGGAGAGAGACCCUUUCUUCUUAGGAGUUUCAGGUGACCCACGGUUCCCGAGUCAUCUCUUCCUGGAGCAGCGCAGCCCCCCUCCACCGCCACCGCCGCCCACACUUCUCAGCAGCAGUCACCCGGUGCCCACGCCCAGCCCCUUACCGUUCACUCAGCCGGGACCGGCGUUUACUCAGCAAGGACAGCAGCCAGUGUUCCCCCGGGAGAGGCCCGUCCGGCCCGGCCUGCAGCCUCCAGGCCCAGUGGGUAUCCUUCACUUCAGCCAGCCGGGGGCAGCAGCCACGCGGCCCUUCAUCCCUCCGCGGCAGCCCUUCCUGCCUGGCCCGGGUCAGCCGUUUCUGCCCGCGCACGCGCAGCCCAGCAUGCAGGGGCCCCUGCACCCCCCUCUGCCCCCGCCACACCAGCCCCAGCCGCAGCCCCAGCCGCCCCCACUGCAGCCGCCCCCGCAGCACCAGCCGCCCCCGCAGCACCAGCCGCCCCCGCAGCACCAGCCGCACGCACCGCCGCCCCCGCACCAGCACCUGUCUGUGCCACCGCCGCCUCUGAUGCCCAUGGCGCAACCCCAGUUCCGGCCUCACGUGCAGACGGCUCAGCCCCCGCCGAGCAGCAGCCGGGUGCAGUGCCCCCAGCGCCAGGGCCUGCGGCAUAAUACGACUUCUCAGAACGUGAGCAAGCGGCCGAUGCCGCAGAUGCAGCCAACCGCCCCGAGAAACAGCAAUCUGCGGGAGCUGCCCAUAGCGCCGCCACACGUGCUGGAGCUGAGCAACAGUCGCUGCCCCUCCACGCCUGCGGCUCACGUGAAGCCCAUGGUCAACACGUCACCACCCGCGAGGCCCGGGCUGGGGUCCCGGAGUGCACAGGGCAAGGCAGAGGUGCAGGUCAAGCCAGUCAGCCCAGUGGUCCAGCCCAGAGAAGAGGCAGCAGCGGAACCAGAGUUUCCUGAUGAAGAUGAAGAAACAAGGUUGUAUCGCUUGAAGAUAGAGGAACAGAAACGCCUCCGAGAAGAGAUCCUGAAGCAGAAGGAGCUGCGCCGGCAGCAGCAGGCAGGGGCCAGGAAGAAAGAGCUGCUGGAGAGGCUGGCGCAGCAGCAGCAGCAGCAGCAGCAGCAGCAGCAGCAGCUCUGCGCGCCCCCUGGCCCCCCCGCAGAGCGCGAAGAGCAGCCGUCCUCACCCUCGCCCACCAACGGUAACCCCUUGUUACCCUUCCCAGGCGCCCAGGUCAGACAAAAUGUGAAAACCAGACUUCUCGUGAAAAGUCAAGAUGUCUCUGUUUCAAAUAUUCAGGCCCAAACCUCGAAUUCUGUGCCAUCUGGUGCUAACAUGCAGUACCCAGGACAACAGAUGAAACCACUGAAACAUUUGAGACAGGCCAGAACUGCACCCCCAGGUCCGGCUCCGCACAAAGUCCUGCCGGGGCCGCCUGCGGACGGAGAGGGGCUGCUGCCCGCCUCACAGGCUGCUCGUGCUGCGGCCCUCCAGGGCCGGCCCCCAGACGCCAAGACCGGCGCAAAAAGGACUGUCAUGCACCGGGCCAACAGCGGUGGUGGAGACGGGCCACACGUCAGCGCCAAAGUCAGGGUGAUUAAGUUGUCCGGCCGGCAGGGAGGAGAGAGCGAUGGCUAUUUUCAUCCAGAGGGCCAGCCCCAGCGGCUCCCCCAACCCCCCGAAGUGAGACAGCAGCCUGUCCGCAAGGUGACGCUGACCAAGGGGUCCCUUCAGCAGCCCCAGCACCUGCCCAUGGGGGCCCACAUGCACUCGGCCGGCCCUCCAGGCAUUAAGAACAUCCCAGGACUCCAUCCGGCCAAGAAGGUCAUUGCGCACGGGCGAGGCCGGGGAGCAGCAGGGCCCAUGGGGCGCGGCCGCCCGAUGCCCAACAAGCAGAACCUGCGGGUCGUGGAGUGCAAGCCGCAGCCCUGCGUGGUGUCUGUGGAGGGGCUGUCGUCGUCCACCACGGACGCCCAGCUCAAGAGCCUGCUCAUGUCCGUGGGGCCCAUUCAGAGUUUACAGAUGCUUCCCCAGCAACGGAAAGCCAUAGCCAAGUUUAAGGAACCAGCCCAUGCGUUAGCGUUUCAGCAGAAGUUCCACAGGCACAUGGUCGAUCUGUCGCACAUAAAUGUGGCCCUGAUCGUUGAGUGAUUUCUGACGGGGAGCCUGACCUUGCACUGCACACACGCUGUGGAGUUUCUCCGCGGAAGCUGCCAGCGCAGGACCGCUCGAGCUGAGGGCUCUCUGUCCAGUCUUGUAACUUGUCCGCAGCGCCAGGCAGCCCAGCUCUGAUCCCGGGAGAGCUGAACUGACGGGACGUGGCGGCUGGAGCUCGGUGUUAGGUUGCUUCAGGUUUUGUGGUCACCUCAGAGAACUGCAGUUUUUGUUUCCUUUUGUUUUCAAAGUGCUUCCAAUGCAUGUAGACAUUGUUGUUCGUGAUCUUCUGUCUGAUCGAGCACAGUGACUUAGGUUCAGGAGACAGCAUCUGUGUCCCAGACGCUGAGUAGCUUUCACGGCAAAGAAUAUUUGAUAAUGGUUGCACUUAUCUUCAGUGCAGGUAGACAAGUUUUCCCAGCCAAGCAUACCUUGUGUACCUUCUCAGAAAGCCCUCCAAAGGCUCUUGUAAAAACAAGGACGGGCAUUUGGGUGGUUGUGAUUGACAGUUGCGUAUCCUAGAAAGCAGGGGGAGAAGGUGCUUGGGGUGGUGCCAGUCGUGCGGCAGAUUCUGCUGCUUGUAAAGAUUCCAAAAGGCCAACUGCGUAUUCCUAGUUCCAGACGGGCCCACCAGUCCUUUUAACUUGCCAGGUAAGGCGAGGACGCAGGUGGCCAGCACUGUGCAGCCCUCGUGGGGGGGUCCCCUGCUCGGUGGGCUGUACAGCGGACCUGCCGGGCGGAGGAGCAGCCCGAAGCUCGAACAAACCUGUUUGGUUUCUCCCUCCUUUUAAAUGUAGCCCCAAGUGGCAUAUUCAUAGUCAUGUCACUGGCUCUGUGACGUGUGACAUUCUUUGGGAAGUUAGUUGUCAUUGUGUUAGCUUUUUUUUUUGAAGGCCUUUUGAGUGGGUCUGCGCGGUCCUUCAGACCUGAGAGCAUGGUGACAUUGGCCCUGGCAUGCCACUGUUGGUGGCAUGUGGCGUGAGGGAUGGCGACGCCCAAAGUGAAAUUGUGUGCCCCCCAUGACCCUGCUGGAGUAAUCUGGGUAGGCUCCUUUAGGUGACAUUCUUAACUCCCCAUAAAGCGACCUUAGUAAAAUUCAUUCUGGGCAAACACUGAAAAAGUGCCUUAUUGCGUUCCUGCUCGCUGGGGGGAGUCUCACUGCUCCGCAGUGGCCCUGACAUGGCCCUGACGUGGCCCCAGACCACGGGAGCGAAGGACACGAGGGCAUGUCAGGCCUUUUAGCUGCAUUUCAUUCCUAAGGUGUCGGGUCAGGUUUAGUCACAGACUUAAGGCAAAUGGCAGUUUGUUGGCCCUGGGUGCCUCUGGUUAGUGCAGCGGGGCCCAGGACGUGCAUGGGAUGCCCUGUGGGCAGCCAGGUGCCCGGACGAGGACCCGGGGUGUGUGAGUUUGUGCCAUCUCGUUUGCACAGUUGCUCUUUGAUGUUACUCUUUGAAAUUAAAUGGCCAGCACUGGACGAGAGUAUCCAGACCCCGUGAGAGCUUGCGUAGUGUUGAUUCUCAAACGGCACCAUGUGCUGAGCCUGGACAUGUGGGUGGUGACUGGCAGCUGCUCACAGGUCUCAGCUCGAGACUGUCGGCUCCUAGGAGACUCCGGGGAGCCCCCAGCUGAGGCGCCUAAGCCCCUGACUAACCCUCGGGCACUGGCGCGUGGGCCAGCCCCACCUCGAGACGCUGCAGUGUGGCGCCGUCACUGCCCACGCGUCACAAGUCGUACAGGCGUGUUUAUGUAUAGAUGCAUAGUGGAGCCAGCUCUGGCCACGGUGGGCCGCACUGAAAUGGUAAGUUCAGUCGCUGCGUGUAGCUCCAGUGAAGAGCCAUCCAGGCCACUUCCCCACCUGGGCAGCAGGCGGCUGGCAGUCAAGGACUUACUCUCUCACCGAGGACAUUGCAGUGUAGGAAGAUGAGCUGAACACAUUUUUGCCACUUUCUAGAAAUAGUCUGUGUGUUUUGUGGCUUUGAAACCAAAAAUCUGCAUGUUGUCUGUGAAAGUAGGCAUUUGAGUGUACUUUUUUCUAGUUAGCGAGGAUAACUAAUCCUGCUUGGGCAAUGUGGCUACUUCAAGGUCUGCUUUUGGCCUUGCCCUAGCGUGACGUGGGUGCCCUGGCACACAUGCACACACGCAGGCUUUCUCUUGAUACAGUUCCUGAAAGCACUGCUUCCAUCGGCUCCAUGCCGUGGGCACCCAGCCCUGGGAAUGGGCUCUGUCCCUGCAGCGAGGCCCGUGACAAAGUUGAGUUUCCUUGGAGGAAACUGCAGAAAAGGGAAGAAGCAGAAUUAGAAAGUCAUGGUAUUUCCAUUUUCGGUGCACUUCUCGCAGCGAAAUCAGACCACCGUAAGCCGAACUUUUGGAAGAUCUGUUGCAACCAUUAUCUUUGUUCUUUAUUCAUCAUGCAUUUAAAGUGAGAUGCAGAAGCAUUUAACAUACUGUGUAAAUAUGGACCUUUUAAAAUUAAAAUGUUAUUGGAAAUGCUUUCAGUUCAACAACACUUUAGCUAUUUGUUAGUUCUUUUGUGUUGUCUUAUCAAAGUUCGAUGGAUACAGUUCCAUUAUUGUUGAUGUGUUCGUGUGUGUAUUCGAUUUUUAUAAAGAUGGGAGUAAGUCAAUACAUUUAUCCUGACCUGUGUAUUAUUUGUUCACAAAUUCAAGGAGCUUAAAGCCAGUAAAUAUCAGUAUAUCUCAGAAGGUAAAUACAGCCGGUGAUUGUGUGGAGAAAAAUUACUUUUUUUUUCACCUUACCUUGUUUUGAUUUUGUGCUGUAAUGUAAGUUCACCUACCGUAGCUGCCGACCUGAGCAUAACCGUGCAUUGCCGUUGGUCUGGCCGCGUUUGUGAGGUCCUUAUCCUGACGUUCUUCUAAAGGAGCACUCUCGCCUCUUUUUUCUAAAAGAAUGUUGAGGGUUCCCUCUCUCUGGACAGGUAGCACCCUCAGUAGCUGCCUGUGGCCUCACUCUACCUGGAAGGGGCGGGGUGGGGUGGGGCGGGGCAGGGCUUCCUUGUAAGCACAUUGAUUUGGGUCGUCCUUACCUUGAUUUGUAAAGGUCCUGGGGAAACGAUUGUUCACGCUUGGUUCUGUAGCGUUUCUGAAUUGUGACAGAGCUUAGAUCCUGCACCAGCAUUUUGCUUAUUCUGCAAACAGACGUGGUUGCUGGGGAGGGGGCCGGGAGAGGUACAGGGUGAAGGGGCAGGUGGAAUGGUAGGAAUGGUGGCGGGGGGUGGGGGGGUUUGCAGAACAAAGGAGUUGUGACAAGUGUCAGUAAUAAACUGUUCUAACACACUGCCUUUUGGGGGUCGGCAGUCCAGUGGAGAAGCAUGCAGCUGGUGGGACAUGGGGCUCUCGGUAGGUGUCUGUUGGACGCUUUGGCUACAGGGUGGGAGGGCGUCCCCGCCUGCCAGGGAGCCACCUUGUUCUCGGUGGCCAACAGGAGGACCUGGCUGCCUCGUGUGGGAUAGAUGAGACCCGAGGCUGGGCCUUGCUCGUAGAGCUGGUUUUGAGAAGCUAUUACUUCUUUUCUUUUUGUUUUGGCUUUCAGGUUUUUGUUCUGUUUAUUUUGUUUUUUAUUUCUGUUGUUUAGUGGAAGGUAAGCUCACCUUGGUCAUAGACCACUGGACUGACAGGGACUCUGUUGAGAACAGUUAGGUGUGAGAGAGGUCUGUGUGCCCUGGAGCCCUGAGCUCCUCACUCCCUCCCAUUGCCCCCUGGGGAGACAGCCCACCAGGCACUGGCUUCAGGCUCCUGGCUGUCAGAAUGCCCUUCCCAGAGUCGAUAUUAAUUUUCCUCCCUUCCUGCUUGUAGGACUCCACCUUUACGCCCUGUCGCAGGUAGAGCCCCUCCCCUUUGUUUGUUUUGUUUGUUUGUUUGGAGGGUGGAGAAAAUACUGGAAAGGUAUGGUCGGUUCUUUACAGAUUUUUAAGUGACAUUUUAAAGGAGAAUUCACUAACAGGGAGGGAGUGCAGGGAACGAAAUGGGACUGGAGAGGCCCGUGGAGGAAGUACAGCGUUUAGGUCAUCAGUUAGGGAAAAGGUUAGGCAUUUUAUCGUAUUUGAUGAGCAUUUCAGGGAACCUUUUCAACUAUUUUCAAAACGUGUGAAUGAAGUGUUCUUUCGGACAUUCUUAAACAAGAGCUUCAAAGGCGUGUAGCCUUGAUUUACUAUUAAAUCCUAAGGAUUUUGUGUAAGGUUUUUUUGCAACCUCUUUAAUUUUCAUCACUUAAAGUGCCCGUGGUUUUAUGUACUAGAACCAAAGCGAAACCCGCUGAUUCAUAUUGGAUCCCAGGUAUACCUUCUGGUAACAGGUAGUUAGUUGGGGAGGGUCCUUAGUGUCACACGGUGUGGCUUCCCUUUCCAAAGACUGUUUACACGUCUUAACUCUCUCCUGUGCCCUGUUCUGGUAGGAAAUCUGUUCAUUAGAUGGUCAGCUAAAACAAGUAUCUUUAGUGACAAGUCGCUUUUUCCUUUUACUUCUAACCAACUAAAAUGUAAAAAUAGGUCUUCAUGUUGGUGUUUUGCUUUGUUUUACUAAUUUUGAAAGGUAUGUAGAAAAAUUCAGGCCCUUUAUAAAGAAACACCACGUAAUGUUUAAAUUUUAAUAUGUCCCACAGAGUGGACAGAUGUAUUAUUUUCAUAUCUGCUGUAUUUAGUAAUUUAAUAUGCUCUAGAAAAACUAGGCAUCUUGCCAUUCUUUCAACAAGACUGUCUUUUAAACUGCUUUCCAGUUGAAGGGCACGUGUAACGGACGCUGACUGUUAAGGGCUGUUUGAGUCUGUGCUCUGCAGUGUUGUGGUAGAAUCUAUAAUUCAGGUCUUUACACACAUACGCACACGCAUGCACACACCCCACACAUGGACGCUGUUGACCAAGGAGCAAAUAUAACCAUUCAGUUUUAUAAUUCCGCUUUGCUUUUCACAGGCAUGGGAUCCGGACUGUUUCUCCUCUGUGAGGAUUUUAAUGCUCAGGCUUUAAUUCCGCUGUUUAAUUUUCAGGUUCCACCACAGCAAAACCCCACCCCGGUUUUUUUCAUUGCUGAGCUGGUUCUCUGUGGGGGCGCUGCCUUCUCUGCUGCUGCUGCUGUGCUGGUGGCUGGGCCACCCAGCGGGACCUCUGCUGCCCCUCCCGCCUCCCCCUUGCUUGGAGCUCCUUUCCUGCCUGGCUCUGCCCUCUUCCCGCUGCACCUCUGGAUGUCCUGCUCGGCGGACAUCCUGGCUCCUCUCCAGUGUUCACAUGUAGAAUUCCACUCUGGGGUGCAAGAGUGCUGUGCGUUGUUGCCCUGGGUUUGCAACGGGGUCACCUCUGAACCUUUGCUUCGACAGGUUUCUGCUCAGGAUUUCUUCCUCCAGGGCUUUGGUCGGAGAGAAUAACGCUGGCAUUCUGUUGUUUUGCAGUUGGACUGUGGGCGUGCGUGCGUGCGGCCGGCGGCGGCAUUAAUCAGCCCUUUAUUUUUGCCCUCUACUUCACAGGACCUCUUUUGCAUGAGUUCACUGUUAGUAGUAGCGCCUAGUCCGCCCGGAAGUGCGGCCUGUGCGACCGGGUCACUGCUCUGGCUGACCACGGCCUUCCUAACCUUAAUGUGCGUGCAGCACAGCGGUGUGCGUGGCUCGGGGGGUGGGCAGUGCGCUGAGCGUCCCAAGCCUAGAGGGGCUGGGAUGACCUCCUCCGUGCUCCCUAGCAGGCACUCUGCUCGCUCACUGGCGGGAAGUGACGUGGCCUCUGUCACCCCCCUUUGCACGUUGCACUAGUCACUGUAACAACUUGAUCAGGAAUAGGUGUGAAGAACAGUAGUGACGUGGUUGGAAAAAAUGUAUUGUGUGUAUCAUUUGUGUGAUUCCAUACUGAAAAAUGUGUUUGAACUGUAUUGUAAUUUGAAAGAUGUGUUAAUAAAGUAUCUUGCAGUUCCCA